UAUUUGAAUCUGGGAAAGGUCACCAGGCCGGGUGGUCACCGUGUUCGAAUCCCGGUCACCAGGCCGGGAUUCGAACCUGCGACAGCCACGUUGAAGACUAAGGCCUUCCUUAUGUGGGCUGUGCUUAACCCCUGCACCACCACAGCACCCACAAAACGCAGCUUAAUUUCUAAGGUGUAUCUUCAGAGCCGACGUGCCAUUCAGGUUUAUUUUCUGAGCUGAGGUGAUCGGAUGACUUGCAUGUGGCUGGGCGUCAGAUGGGCCCCAGCCAGCCGGCACAGUGAGGCACACAUCAGUGCAUGACCUCAUCAACCUGAGCUGCGACCGGCAUUUAAACCCUGGGAACUGUUCCCAUUUCAGCCUCAAACUUCAACGUACAUCAGAGGGAUUUAAGGCUGUGGUUUUCCACAAGUCAAAAAGUCGUUUUCUCUCCAAUCAGUUUGAUUGUUUACAUGUCGUACCACUGAUUCCCAGUUUAAAGUCUAGAUUUUGUUGAUUGGCUCCCUGUGGGGGAGCACCGGACUUAUAGUGACAAGAUAUUAAAACAUUCAAGUGUGUGAGAUUCAUAUCAUAAAGCCCUCCACAAUAUUCACGGUUUUCAUUCACUGCAAUGUCAUAUUCCUCCUCAGUUCUCUUGCCAAUAGUUGCAGGUCUCUUUUAUACAUGACAUCUUCCUGUGUGUGUGCUGGAAGUUUCCAGAAAUGCUCUAUUCUUCAGUUCAUCUUUCUGUCCAGGGGGAUUAGGAUCGCAGCGGUUGCAAGCAGAAAACUGAGCAGAGGGAGAAUGAGGAGGACGGUCUUCAUACACUAACAGCUCAAAGUAAAGUAAAUUCUUCAGCUGAAGCUGCAACAAAGAAGCAGAGAAGCGGUGGAGAGCUGUGGAGCCAUGCCUCCACUUAAAAGUUCAGCUGCCUUCCACCAGCAGAGACGGGGCUUGGAUCGAGCACAGUCUGCGCACGGUCGCAAGCAGAGGAUCAGGAGUGAGUCAGGGAGUCCCGAGGCAAUCAGGAUGCGGAUCCUGGAUGAGAAGCUUCCAUCCAAACACGCUCAGCACAGAAACGUUCGCCUUGCUGACGACUCGAACAACAGGAUGGCCCACAGAGCGGGGCCUGUAGAACCGGUCCACAGAAACAUCCUGCCUGUGGACGCGUGUUUCAAACAGGCCGUCACGCAGAGGCGGUUUCCGAAGCCCUCGGGGGGGAACUCAUCAUGCGACGAGGACAGUAAUGACCGCCUGUCUCCACGUCAGUCAGAAAGCCGGGAGCGUCCUCUGGGCAUUCAACCUUCAGCAGAGAAACCGGCCGGCAGCGACCUCGCCUCUCCAACUGAGGUUCCUCCGUCAGUUCUUCCUUUUCACCUCUCCUCCAUUCGUCCAAACUCCUCUGUGCAGAGGACUUUUGGAGUCCCUCAAAUUAAGUCCCAGCGCCUCUCCACCCAGAAACACAAGACAGAAAAAGCCAGCGCACCAAAGAUAAAGAAGCUGAAGUACCAUCAGUACAUUCCUCCUGACAAGAAGGGAGAUGCCGGGCCUCUUCUCGAUCUGGACUCCUCCCACGCCAAGAUCCUCCAGCAGCAGCAGUUCUUCCUCCAGCUUCAGAUCCUCAGUCAGCAGCAGCACAGCUACCACGCCCGGCUGCCCGCGGAUCGGGACCCGCCUCCUUCAUCCUCUCCGUCCAACUUGACCUCCACUUCCUUCCCACCUGACUCCUCUCCUCGCAUCCACAUAGGUCCAAGUUCUGGGACAAAAGUCUCAUCGCUCCGUCCGAAUCUGGACGAAAUGAAGGUCGCAGAACUGAAGUGUGAGUUGAAGCUGCGCAGGUUGCCCGUCUCUGGCACCAGGAAGGAUCUCAUCGAGAGGCUGAGGACGUACCAGGAACUCUGCAGUACCGCCUCUCCAACAGCAGGGGGACCCAGCGAGCCAGAGCCGGGAAGAGCACGACCGCGCUCCAAAACAGGCGGCAGUUUCGGUGCCAGUGAGCCGUCGCCUCAGCGGCUCUUGAGGUGUGACGGGCCCGGCCUGCCGAACGGCGCGAAUCCAGCAGAAAUCGGCUUCAACUCUGACCCACUGGGAGAACUGAUGAGCUCUCCUGCCUCUGAUCCCAGCCUUCGGCCGCUCACCACGGCUCUGGCGUCUGCUGCCGUCAAACAGGAGCGCCGACGCUCCGGCCCGGCGCCUUGUCGCUUCUCCUUAAAGUCUACCUCUCUGCAGGAACGCAGCUCGGUCUCUUCUGCGGCCCCCGCUAUUACCGCGGCAACUCCUCCUGCGACUGUUGACAAAGACAGAAUGCUGCAGGAGAAAGAUAAGCAGAUUGCGGAGCUCACCAGGAUGCUGUUGCAGAAUCACAGGUUGGUGGAGGAGCUGAGAAUGCAGCUGGGAAACAGUAACCGAGACGCUCCGGAGGCGCACGUUCUCAAAAGAGUGAAGGAGGAACCUCCCGAUAGGUCAACAAGUCCUUCUCUAGUCGUUCUCAGUGAAGAGGAGGUUAUAGCCAUCAAGAAGGAAACCGUGGAGGAAGAGAUAGCAUCCAAGAUGCCGCUGCAGGCGUCUAGCCCAACUCAACAGCCUCACAGUCAGACGCAUCCUCAGCUCCAGCAGAAGCAGGUUUGCCUGCAGGACUCUGCUCGACAGCUGGCUCAGCAACAGGCCAUCAGUAGGCUGCUGCUGAUGCAGCGUAACACUAAGAAGCCGCAGCACGCCGCUCAAAGCGUCAACGAGGCGCCGGAAGCCCACCGAAAACCCCGUCCGCAGAAGCAAAGGAGAUCUCAGAAACGGCACCUACAGACGCAGUCUGAGCAGCGUCGCCCCCAGCUGGAGAAAAUGAGGCCGGAGCGACAGGUUCUGCUGAGGAAACAAGAGAGCGUCGCCAAGAAGCACCAGCAGCAGAACAACAAACUGCAACCUGUCCAGACGCAGAACAGGAUGCAUCCGCAGCAGCAGCAGGAUCUUCUGAGCAACGGCUCCCGCCCAGCCGUGGUCGGUGACAGCAAGAGGAAGCCCAUCCUGAUUCCUUUGACCAAUCACAUUACUGGAGACCGAGGAAAGGCGUCAAAUCCCGACUUACCUCAGUUCUUUAAUGACACGCCGUCGUUAAAGAACAAGACUGAGGCGUGUCAGGAACGCGUGGAGCUGCAGGAAGCAGCGGCCCAUCGUCCGUCAGCGCCACGCAGGCUGCAGAGUCCUCAAACAUGGAAAAACUCCCCUUCACCUUUCUGUCAAACUGAGAUGUUUCCAGGUCUGGAUGUCUUGUUGAGUCCUCUGUCGUCAGAUUCGGUCGACACGGCAGCCUCGCCGUCUCACGAUAAACUGAGAGACGAGGAUUUCAUCGACCUCAUCCUGCAGACUGGAGAAACACCUGACACACUGAAAGACGCCAGAGACUUCUCGUUUUCUUCACCUCGCCCGUCACCGCUCCACCUCCUGUUGUCACCGCCCAACUCCCCCAUCAGUGCUGCGCUACAACACGACUCUCCUCUGCAGCCCUGGACUCCAGCCAAAGGCUUGGAUUAUAAGCAACACUUCGAUCUGUGUGGCGGCGGACGCCUGGAGGACUUUCUGGAAGGUAUCCCUGGGAAGCCUCUCCAUGGGGUGGAACCAGGUAGCCUCCUCACUUUGUUUGAUGACCAAAUUAUGUGCACCACCUGCAUCCUGGAACCAGCUGCCGUGGAUUCCUCGGACAGGGAACGGAGCGCGGACCGUAAGGAAUGGCUGGGCUUCCCCGUGGGAGGAGAGAGCGAAUGGGAAACGUCCACACUGGUCCCCCGAACGCCCCCGAGUGUGUUCUCAGCAGACUUCCUGGACUGUUCCGACCUUCACAUGGACUGGGACUCUUGAAUGUAGCUGGAAACAGUCAAAAAAGCAACUCAAAGUUUAGUCUAUGCCUGACUUUUCAGGAUUUAAACCAAGCACAAAGUCUGUGUCAUUUUUUAUUCUGCCAUAUUCAGUCUUAAACCAUUUUCACAUUUAUUUAUUUUGUUGACUUGCUAAUACGUCUCAGGCUGGUCCUACAGAUGGAAACCUAGUAGAUAGUUGGACACUGGAAAGGUUUAUGUGCCUUUAGCACAUAUACCUUGUGCUCAAGGCUAGUGGCACUGCUAGUGCCAGUGGUGGGUACUGCUAGCUUAAAAGUUAGCUGCACUAACCCUAAACCACUAAUCAUAAACGUUAGCUGCGCUCACACUAAAGCAACAUAGUGUCUGGCAGAAGCUAAAGCUAAAGCAUUAAAGCCAGUAAUUGCUUGCACUGUGUCAGGUUGCGCUUCAAGAAGUGAUUUUCUGAAACAGACCAGUCACUCGUGGUUUCAGUGUUGAGCAUUGCUAACUCUGUUAGCAGAUUGUGGCCAAUUGCCCACAGCAGGGCUUUGGUCAGAAAGCACACCUGACAUCAAUGGAUUUUUAAUGCAUUCUGGGUAGAGUUAUGGUUAUGGUGCGUUCACACCAAACACAUUUUGUGCGUCUAGUUUAUAUUCAAAGUCUAAGUGGAGGUGUGUCGAGGGCCCGGCGAUUUGAAACGUUUGAAGAAUUUGAGCAUCCAACACGUCCGACAACAGAAAACAACGGCUCGAGCGUCCACCCCGACACGCCCCAACAUAGACUGUGAAUGUAAACCUGACGCACAGAACUCUAGGUGUAGAGUGAAAUGUUAAGCGUCUGCAUUCAGAGUCCACACGCGUUGAACCUGAAGCGUUGGACGCGUUUGGUGUGAACGCGCCGUUUGCUGCACCGCGUUAACGGUGGAGAACAUUAGGAGAGGAAAUGGAAGGCCUGCGUAAGCGGUCUUUGCGGACUUCAGAGUAAGAGCGUGACUAUAGACGUCUUCUUGAAAAGAAAUCUAAACAGACAAUAACCAAAAGCUCAACACAGACGUCAAAUUUUAUUCCAGCAAAGAUUCACAAAACAGCCAAGUAAAUUAGCACCUUGGAAUUUAUUUGGAAAAAUUUAAUUUAGGAGAAGCUAAUAACAUUGGAGCCUUGCAGCAGAACUUUGCUUAAUAUGCACAUUGUAAAUGUGCAGCUGAAUGACAAUAAAGUCUAUAAUUGCACAAGACGUUUAGCAAUAACGCAAAAGUGCCGAGUGAAAAAUGUUGGCCUGCUGUAGGCGGAUUAGCAGAAGUGUGCCCACCCACUCGCUCUGAUUUUUAGUCAGGCAUCGACUUGAAUCCACAGCCUGUUGCGUCACACAGACAAAUGAGUUUCAAACGCAGACUCCUUUUCUGUUUACACUUAAGAGUACGAACAAUUAGCGCGUAAGGGGAGCCAAGAAAUAUCUUUGUAGUUUUUGCACAUUCCCAACAAAUUAAGGCUGCAGGAUUGAUCUAACCCUAAUUUUACAGAUCUCUUCUAAACAUUUGAGAUAUUUGUUGUGCAAGACAUUCAUACCAACCUUUUGUUAAAGGCUCAAAAGCGAUAUUAAACAGAUUUUAUUUCUUUUUUUUUUAAAAAAGGGGGGGGGAAGCAAAGUAUGAAGCCUACAGGUUUAUUUGUCUUGAUAUUGCAUGUCCAAAGCAUUGUAUUAUUAACACAAUAUUUCUUAGACUAUUUUUUAAAGCAUUCUUUUACACUGUGAUGAAAUUUGUGACGUAGCUUGAAUGUAACCACGUGGAAAUCUCACUACUCCGUCUUCCGGGAGCAGCACAUGCACACUGAAGCCUAAGUGUGUGUGUGACAUUUACACACACACACACUGUAAAUUACUGUGUUUAUUGUUGUUGUGAAAAAGGCACCACGGCAAUGGCAAAUUAGAUUGAUCGUGACGUCAAUAAAUUCCUACUGAAUGAAUAAAUGAAUAAUCAGGAGUAUCUUUAAUCAACAGAC